UAAGUGAAUCAUGCGAAAAAUGCUUUCUUGUUCAAAAUCAAAGCUGUCAAAAUUUGUUUCGCCAAUCAUCUCCUCACAUGAUAAGGAGAUGUGACUGAAAAAUUUAGGUCUUUAAUUGAUGACUCUUUUCAUCAUUAAUUUUCCUUACUACUAUUACUUAAAUACAGAUACUGAUGCCUAAGCAGAUUCCUUAUUCAUUAAAUAAAAAUCAGGAAUUUUGGGUUAUUAUAAUUCAUGCAUAUUUCCUUAUUAUUUACCUUCUCCUUUGCAUUUUUUUGGGUUUUCAUUUUCAUUUUCUUUGCUUAUACGUUUGACUAACAUUAGUUGGAAUGUUAGAUUUUUUGGCCAUUUUGGUAUAUAUAUAGACUUAUAGAGAGAUUUAAUAGUAUUUAGAGAAAAUUAAAAAUGAGAAUGGUGGUGUGGCGGUGGGUGUGGUUGUUGGGCGCGGUGGUGGCUGCGACGGCGGUGGGUGGUGCAAGUGGCGGUGCCGUUACCUAUGACGGAAGGUCGCUCAUCAUCGACGGCCACCGGAAACUCAUCUUCUCCGGCUCAAUCCAUUAUCCUAGAAGCACACCUGAUAUGUGGCCAUCACUAAUAUCCAAAGCCAUAAGCGGGGGACUAGACGCCAUCGACACUUACGUUUUUUGGAACCUUCACGAGCCCCAGCCAGGACAGUAUGAUUUCAGUGGAAGACGUGAUUUGGUGAGUUUUAUUAAGGAAGUACAUUCUCAUGGCUUGUAUGUUUGCCUUCGGAUUGGGCCAUUUAUCCAGGGUGAAUGGUCUUAUGGAGGAUUGCCCUUUUGGCUUCAUGACAUACCCAACGUACAAUUCCGAUCCGAUAACGAACCAUUUAAGUUUUACAUGCAAAAUUUCACUACAAAAAUAGUGAACAUGUUGAAAUCGGAGAAUUUAUAUGCUUCUCAAGGAGGACCCAUCAUUAUUUCCCAGAUUAAUUCUUGCAAUGGGAUGAUGUGUGGAGAGACAUUUGUUGGACCAAAUUCACCAAAUAAACCAGCAAUGUGGACAGAAGACUGGACACAUUUCUAUGACAAUUAUGGCAAUACCACCAAACUCAGACCAGCUCAAGACAUCGCAUACCAUGCUGCUCUAUUCAUAGUCAACAAGACUGGAAGCUACAUAAACUAUUACAUGUAUCACGGAGGAACCAAUUUCGGAAGAAAUGCAUCCGCUUUUAUGAUAACUAGUUACUAUGACCAAGCUCCAUUGGAUGAAUAUGGUUUAAUCAGACAGCCAAAAUGGGGUCAUUUAAAAGAGUUUCAUGCAGCAGUGAAGCUGUGCUCACAAACAAUACUUUAUGGAACAAAAACCAAUAUCUCUUUAGGUCCAUUGCAACAGGCCAUUGUCUACAAUGGUGAAAAUGGAGAAUGUGCAGCAUUUCUUGUGAACAAAGAUGCAACAAGUGAUCCUGAUGUGCAAUUUCAAGACCGAACCUAUAGACUCCCACGAAAGUCGAUUAGCAUCUUGCCCGACUGCAAAACUGUCGCGUUCAACACGGCCAAGGUAAGUAGCCAAUAUAGUACAAGAACAAUGGCUGCAGUUGUGAAGCUGAAUUCACCAGAGAAAUGGCAAGAAUUCGAUGAAGUUAUUCCAUCUUUCAACGAUACCUCGUUGAGAUCAGACUCACUCCUCGAGCAGAUGAACACUACCAAAGAUGUAUCUGAUUAUCUAUGGUACACUACAAGCUAUGAGCAAUCCGAGGAGUUGAACUCUGUGAUCACAGUGGAUUCUCGCGGCCAUGUAUUGCGCACAUUUGUGAAUGGAGAAUUUCUCGGCUCGGGGCACGGGAUCUAUAGGAAUCAAAGCUUCAGUUUGGAAAGUGGUGCCUCUUUGAAGAGUGGAGUAAACAGCAUCUCCUUGCUAAGCAUUAUGAUUGGCCUACCGGAUUCAGGGGCAUUUAUGGAGAAAAGAGCUUCUGGAUUGAGAAAUGUGAGCAUUGGAGAUAAAGACUUGACCUUUUCUUCAUGGGGAUAUCAGGUUGGAUUAGUAGGAGAGAAGUUGCAGCUUUACACAGAAGAAGGCUCAAGCAAAGCAGAAUGGAGCAAAUUCAACCAAUCUCCACAGCAACUUAAAUGGUACAAAGCAAGAUUUGAUGCACCUGAGGGGACUGAUCCCGUCGCGCUAAAUCUUGGCACGAUGGGGAAAGGCGCAGCAUGGAUCAACGGUGAGAGCAUCGGGCGCUACUGGAUCUCCUUUCACCAGCCUAACGGCUUGCCUUCGCAGAUAUGGUACAAUAUACCGAGAUCCUUCCUCAAGCCUAGUGACAACCUCCUAGUACUAUUCGAGGAAGAAGCCGGGGAUCCUCUAGGCGUAUCAGUGGACACUGUGUCUAUCACAAAAGUAUGCGGGCACGUCUCAGGUUCCAAUCCGCCUGCAGUGGCUUCAUAUCUGAGGCAACGGGGGAGGAGGCCUAAAGUCCAGCUGCGUUGCCCUCCGAGCAAAAACAUCUCUAACAUUUUGUUUGCAAGCUUUGGGAGCCCUUUGGGUGAUUGCAGCAGCUAUGUGUUAGCGGAUCCCUCAGUUCUGAAAACAAUGCAAGUGAAGAUGACUCAAAGAAGAAGCAAAUCAGUAAUAUAUGUCAUGCUGCAUCUAUGAACGUGGAAGGCAAAGAAGUUGAUCCAUCUCAUCUUGUGAAUGCUCCAGCUCACAAUGAGGACCACAUGAUGAGCUGGAAGGAUGUUGUUGUGAGAAUGAUGGAAAAGCAGAAUUGAUUCUCAUCCUAGCUGAUUAUUGGUUGAGUAUCGUAACUGAUUUGGCUAGGACGAUUAGGAGUCUAGAUCCUUCUAUGAAUCCUUAUAUAAUGCUAUGUAAUUGCUAUCAUUUCAUUGAUUAAUGAAAAACUAAGCUUACCAUUUUGAGUCAUCUUCACUUGCAUUGUUUUCCCUCAGUUCUGAAAACACUAUGCUGCUGGGAGUUGCCACUCGACUAGUUCAUCCGCUGUCGUGGAAAGAGCUUGUUUAGGGAGGAGGAAGUGCUCGGUCCCUUGGUCGUAUAGAAGCUUUGGAGGCGAUCCAUGUCCCGGUGUUUCAACACAUCUGCUGAUCGAGGCCGAAUGCCAGUGAUGGUGGAUAUACUCUUAGCUAAGUACAAUAGGAACCAGAAGACACAAGCUUAUACAAAAGGGAUCAAACACAAUUAUGUUAGAAUCAAAAGAAUAAAGAGCAAAAAUGCCAAAAAAAAACAGCUAAUUUCCAUUUGAUGCCUAUGUAUCCUCUGAUAUUCAGUGUAUGAUAUCACAACAGGCAAUAGAAAUUUUCAGUUUUUCUGCC